AUGUCUGGACGUGGAAAAGGCGGCGCUGGCAAAGCUCGGUCCAAGGCCAAAUCUCGCUCGUCCCGGGCUGGACUGCAGUUCCCUGUCGGCCGGGUUCACAGACUCCUAAGAAAGGGCAACUAUGCUGAGCGGGUGGGUGCCGGAGCCCCGGUCUAUCUGGCUGCCGUACUCGAGUAUCUGACGGCCGAAAUCCUCGAAUUGGCCGGCAACGCGGCCCGGGACAAUAAGAAGACCCGCAUCAUCCCCCGGCACCUGCAGCUGGCCGUCCGCAACGACGAGGAGCUGAACAAGCUGCUGGGAGGGGUGACUAUCGCUCAGGGCGGUGUGUUACCCAACAUCCAGGCCGUACUGUUGCCCAAGAAAACCGGCGCUGCCAGUAAGUGAAGCGACGUGAGCUGAAUCUAUUUACCCAAAGGCUCUUUUCAGAGCCAUUCACAAUGUCUAUGGAAGGGCUGAGCGGCGGGUGCUUUGAUAUCCUGCAUCUGUCAGUGUCUCGACCUGUUUCUUCCGCGAAUAAACCGAUAUAAAUCUGCACAGAAACCGGUUCGUUUCAGUCCCGGCUCGUUUCCCACUCUCAGCCGACCGAAUGUAGCUCUCUCUCCUUGCAGAGAGUCAGCGGGUUCACUAGGCGCAGAGUCGUGAAAUGAACUUCCGGAGUCAGCCCCAGGAGGGAGAAUUUAAUCUCCGAUCACUGAACGACUCCGCUCUUCAUCACCUGGAACCGCGUUGUCUGGGUUCCACAUUGCGGGUUGAUCCCGGACCGUUACGGUGUGCAGAAGGCGGGAACAUCGCCUGUUCGUUGCUUCAUGAGCGAUUCCCAUCGCCUCACAGAAAAAUAACAUUUGCGUUUUACAUUUCAGAAUCGAGUUUAUCAUCACCGGCAUGUGACGUGAUAUUUGUUAACUUAACAGCAGCAGUUCAAUGCAAUACAUAAUCUAGCAGAGAGGGAAAAUAAUAAUAAAUAAAAUAACACAUAAUUAAAAACAAGUAAUUCAGUUACAUAUAUUGAAUAGAUUAUUUUAAAAAUGUGCAAAAAUAGAGAAACUGUAUAUUGGAAAAGUGAGGUAUUAUCCAAAGCUUCAAUGUCCAUUUAGGAAUCGGAUGGCAGAGGGGAAGAAGCUGUUCCUGAAUCGCUGAGUGUGCUUUCAGGCUUCUGUAUCUCCUACCUGACGGUAACAGUGAGAAAAGGGCAUGCCCUGGGUGUUGGAAGUGUUUAAUAAUGGACGCUGCCUUUAUGAGCACCGCUCCCUAAAGAUGUCCUGGGUACUAUCAGCAGCUUCUUUCGGUGCUGUGCCGUAGCCCCUCCACACCAGACGGAUGCCACCUGUCAGAAUGCUCUCCGCGUUGCAGCUAAAGAGGUCUUUGAGUGUCAACCAAGGUACAUUUACCGUGUGGAACUGACCGUAUUUACUGAGAGAAAAAAAAACUCGUCCACCCAGGCCUCUGAAUAUAAAUGAACAUUUUGCGAAAGACAGGGUCAGUUUGAUCAGAUCUGCCGAGAGGCUCCCUAUGUGAGGCGGUGCGUCGCUCUGAGUUUGGUUUGUGCCAGGGAGAAAAGGGAGGGGUGGGUGGAUCGAGUUCUUCAGCACCGUAGUACCAGUCACUUCUCUCCAAAUUCCUGUCUGUCUGAGACUUCCCUAAAUACCCCUGUGCUCUCUGCCUUUGCCACCACCCCUGACAGUGCGUUCCAAAUCCCCAUCACUGUUCCCUUCACUUUCUUCCUCUGAUCUUAAAUACAUGUCUUUUAGUAGAAGACAUUUCCCUCCUGUGAAAAAUAUUACUGGCUGUUUACACCAAGUAUGUUCUGCAAAAUUGUAUAAAUUUCUGUCAGAUCUCUCCUGAGCUGACGCCUCUCCAGAGGAAAAAGCUCCAGCAUGUCGAGCCACUCC